AGCUUUUUAUCACGAUGUCCAUAUCAAUAAGCAAGUGAUCUUUGAUAUUAGUUUUAUAUCAAAGAGCUGAAUAGAGUCAAUCAUGAAUAUAAGAGGGGCAGUUGCUUUGAUAACUGGUGCAGGUCGGGGAUUUGGAAGGGCAUUUGCUGAAAGACUUUUAGAAAAAAAUUGUAAAGUUGUCAUUUGUGAAAUUGACUCCACAACUGGUUCAAAGACUGCAAAUGAACUUAAUAAUUUAUAUGGAGAUGGAUCGGCAAUGUUUAUCAGAUGUGACGUAACAAAAUCGGCUGAUAUUGAUAACGCAUUAAAGAAAACAUUAGAAACUUAUAAGAAACUUAAUAUUCUUGUUAAUAAUGCUGGUUAUCUUACCGAAACUAAUUGGAUGAAGACUCUUGACGUAAAUUUGAAAGCGGUAAUAAACUUUUCAAAGAAAGCUUUGCCAAUCCUUAAGCAGCAAGAUGAACAAACUGCAAUUGUUAAUAUAAGCUCUGCAGGAGGACUUUUUCCUAUGUCUGAAAAUCCAGUCUAUUCAGCGUCGAAGUACGGCGUCGUUGGAUAUUCCAGAUCUAUAGCAGAUAGCAUUGAUAGCGAUAAGAUGAAAGUUUUAUGUUUAUGUCCCUCAUUUGCCGAUUCAGAGGGUUUUUUAAAGGAACUCAAAGCCAGUGAAAAUUAUAAGACAAUAAAGAAAGACGUAGAGUCUCUGGGAGUAUUGAAGGUUUCAACGGUUGCUGAUGUAUUUUUGAAAGCCUUAGAAGCCCAGAACAAUAAUGGUGCUGUUAUCUAUAUCAAUCCUUUUGAAAUUUCUUAUAAAUUUCCCCAUAAGCUAAAAAAUUCUAAACUCUAG